AUGUUGAUUACUAUCCCAUGGGGCAAUGGGGCAACAAAAAAACCAGCUGCUCAUGCGCAGUCUAAAAAAGCGCGAAAAAACAAAAAUGGCGGACGAGGGAAGGGUUUCCGUAAACAGCAAACAAACGGUGCUGGUAAUUCAUGAAAAACUGAAAAAGGAGGUGCAUCAGAUAGCUGAGAAGAAGUCUUGGACUGUAAAACAGAAGGAUGAAUUCGAGAAGAAGCUCCUUGAGCUUUACAAAGAAUCUGUCGAGGACAGGAUCAAGGAAAACAUAACUAUCGGAGGACAAGGAUGGGACAGCCCAAGCAGAGCAGAAGUUUCAAGCAGUUCGGCAGUUCAGGAAGAGAUGGAACCUUUAAACAGAGACAGACUUGCACAAGUUCUUGCAAUAUGUUCUGAUUUGGAAGAUUUGAUCAGAGGUACUGCAGGGAAACGUAAAAAGUAUCCUCAGCAAAUCGAAGAAGUGCUAAAUAGAAUACUUCAGCGUCGUAGGGAGAUACUGGAAAAAUAUCAGCCCACAGUAAAAAGUGAUUCAUCUUUGAGUGGUUGCAAUGUUAUUACUCCGGAUUUUGAGGAGUGCAUUCAAAGAUUACAAACAGCAUCUUCUGACCUUACUCAGCUAUCCAAGUCCUUUCCAGAAAUUCAUAGUAAAGCUGAUCGUUUGCGGCAAGCUGUUCAAUCCCAUGAGGCCAUGCAAGAGUGCAAGACUGAUGGCGUUUUGUUUGAAACAGACAAUAACAACAAGAGUUUGAACUUGUCGUCUUCUGAACCUCAAGUAUCACAUGAGGACCAGACAUCUGAAAGUUUACAAUUAGUGGAUUUUAUGUGGUGGGGAAGAGAAAAACGGAAAUCACACCCUCCUGUGAGAUUUGAUGCUGUUCAAAAUACUUAACUCACUCCUCUGACAGCUGGGUUUUAAUUUAUUAGUAAUGUUAUUAGAGCAGUUAUCAGUUGAGUGUUGUGAAACCAAAACCAAAGUAAUCACUCUUCUCAGUCUGGUCAAUCACACAGGACACAGACAAUCCAGUGAACCAGACAAAACUCGAAAUAAAUACAUGUAGCUCAUAAGAAGCGUGGGAAAAUGUAUGUCAGUGUGGGUGGGUCACAAUUGGUUCUAGUUUUCCUAUUUGGAUGAAAAAGUGGUGCAAGGUUUUUUUAAACCAAUCAUUCAGCUUUGUUAUGCAAAUCAAAUAAAUGUUUGACACUCGAGUGAAAACUGCUCUAUGGAAUUGGUUAUUUCACAAUGAGUGUGAAAAAUAGAAUUACGAUCUGUGAGCUGUUUUAGAAGCUACUUAGAUUAAGAGUCCUACCUCAAGGAUAAAGCAAACAAUGAAAUAUGCAGAAGGAAGUUCAGGAGAGAAAACUUAAAUUUUGUUAAAAGCUGUUUAUUUUUGCUAAGUAUCCAAUACCAGUCAAAGUGUGCAUUAUUUUGCACUUAACAUUUUUUUUAUUUGUUUUGUACUUAACUAAGCAAAGAAUUUUUAACAUCAUUAGAUAAAGUAGGUGAAGAGUUGUUAAUAUUAAUGUAGGCUGCCGUAACCAUCAGAUGUUGGGUGAAGAUUUAAAAAAAGAUCACAGAACAAAGGCCAUCUGAGGAUAAAAUGAGGCACUGGGGCCAUGGUUUUUUGUUACUUAUUUUUUUUAUGGACAUGUUGUAUCAUCAUGAUGGUGUGACAGUUUUGGAGUAGUCAAAUAAUGUUGUAAUUUUUUAAUAAGAAUUGGACAAUUUAAUUUCUCCAGCUAAGGUUAGCCAGAAAUGGCAUUUUCUAGACUGUGAUAUGAAUAAGUGAGUUUGAUGGAUGAAAGCAAGUGAGGUCUUUUAAAUUUCAAUGUAUUCAAUUGUUCCAGUAGCAAUCAAAAUUAACUGUAUUGAUUAUUCCAUAUUGAAAUUUUUAAGCAGA